GAAAACGGAAAAUUAAAUUAAAACGCCUCUCUGAAAAAAAGAAAAAGAAAAUUCAGAUAACGAUGACAGAGAGAGAGAGAGAGAGAGAGAGAAGGACACGCGGGCCACGCGCCGCUAUAAAUGGGCGGAGCUGCGGCGGCGGGUUGGCUCAUUGACCACACGCCCCUCUCUCUGUCUAGCGUUCAUCUCUAUCUCCUCGAUAUUUUAACCAAGAAAACUCGUCCAUAGAGGUUUCUUGUUUAUUUCUUCGCUCUCAUCCGAAGAAGAAGAAGUUUUCUCUCGUCCCUCUCCGUCGCCAUGGAUCCCUACAAGCACCGUCCUUCCAGUGCUUUCAACUCUCCAUUCUGGACAACCAACUCCGGUGCUCCUGUGUGGAACAAUAACUCCUCGUUGACUGUCGGCACAAGAGGUCCAAUUCUGCUCGAGGAUUAUCAUCUGGUGGAAAAGCUUGCCAAUUUUGACAGGGAGCGAAUUCCAGAACGUGUAGUCCAUGCUAGGGGAGCCAGUGCAAAAGGCUUCUUUGAAGUAACUCAUGAUAUUUCUAAUCUCACAUGUGCCGAUUUCCUCCGAGCACCUGGAGUUCAAACUCCUGUCAUCGUUCGGUUCUCUACUGUCAUCCAUGAGCGUGGAAGCCCAGAAACCCUCAGGGACCCUCGAGGUUUUGCUGUCAAGUUCUACACUAGAGAGGGUAACUUUGAUCUUGUGGGAAACAACUUCCCUGUCUUCUUCAUCCGAGAUGGGAUGAAGUUCCCAGAUAUGAUACAUGCUCUGAAACCGAACCCUAAGUCUCACGUCCAAGAGAACUGGAGGAUCCUGGACUUCUUCUCCCACCAUCCAGAGAGCUUGCACAUGUUUAGUUUCCUCUUUGAUGAUCUUGGCGUUCCCCUAAACUACAGGCACAUGGAAGGAUCUGGUGUUAACACUUACACUUUGAUCAACAAAGCUGGGAAAACUCAUUAUGUGAAAUUCCACUGGAAACCAACUUGUGGAGUCAAGUGCUUGCUGGAGGAAGAGGCAAUUAAAGUUGGUGGAUCUAAUCACAGCCAUGCGACUAAGGAUCUCUAUGAUUCUAUUGCUGCUGGAAAUUACCCUGAGUGGAAACUGUACAUCCAGAUUAUGGACCCUGAUCACGAAGACAAAUUCGACUUUGACCCACUUGAUGAUACGAGGACCUGGCCUGAAGACAUCUUGCCAUUACAACCAGUUGGUCGGUUGGUGUUGAACAAGAACAUCGAUAACUUUUUUGCAGAGAAUGAGCAGCUUGCAUUUUGCCCGGCAAUUGUGGUUCCUGGAAUCUAUUACUCUGAUGAUAAGAUGCUUCAGACUCGUAUCUUCUCUUAUGCUGAUACUCAGAGGCACCGUCUUGGACCAAACUAUCUGCAGCUCCCUGCUAAUGCUCCCAAGUGUGCUCAUCACAACAACCACCAUGAAGGUUUCAUGAAUUUCAUGCACAGAGAUGAAGAGGUGAAUUACUUCCCUUCGAGGUUUGAUCCUGUUCGUCAUGCUGAGAGGUUCCCGAUUCCGCCUCCUGUUUUGAAUGGAAAGCGUGAAAAGUGCAUCAUUCAGAAGGAGAACAACUUUAAGCAGCCUGGAGAGAGAUAUCGAUCCUUCUCACCUGACAGGCAAGAACGCUUUGUUCGCCGUUGGGUAGAUGCUUUGUCUGACCAAAGGGUCACCCAUGAAAUCCGUAGCAUUUGGAUCUCCUACUGGUCUCAGGCUGACAAAUCUCUGGGUCAGAAGCUAGCAACCCAUCUCAACGUACGACCGAACAUGUAAAGAAGAUGGUUGAUGUCAUUAGCUGUGGAGGGCGCUUCACAUGGGUAUGUGUGUGGUUAUGAAGCGGGUGGGACUCGAAAAAGCGGGACAUGUUUGGAACCAUAAAUAAACUGUUGAACAUGUUACAAAUGUUUUGAUUGCUGUCGUUGUGCCAUAAUCUGAACAUACCUCUUUAUGUUUCUGAUCGAAUAAAAGCAGCCAGUUGUAUCAAUUGAAAUAUUUCGCAUUCUCGCUCU